AUGUUCGUCCUGGAGGAGCAACGUUAUAUCCACGAGGACCUGGAACGUCUAGAGCAAGGAAUCGCGGACCGCCUCCAUGAUGACCCCAAGCAUAUCCGCGACCGUCUAGAGCGGGACCAUGAGGUUUCGCAGCUCCUUGACCAGAUCCAAAGCCAGUCUAGCAAGCUGAUUGACAUCUACAAAGACGAGACCGGCGCGCGCGCGAGCGAGAUCCAGCAACUCGGCACGGACGAUCCCUUCGAGGAGUUUUACAAGCAGCUCAAGGAUGUGCGGGACCACCACUUGAGGUACCCCAACGAGCAGGCCGAGAAUUCGGAGCAGCGAUACAAGCCGCGCAGGCCCGCCGAAGGCGAGGUGCUGCCCUCCAUCGUCGACACCCUCUUUUCCGGCGAGGAGGCCUACGGUCGCUUCUUCGACCUAAACAUGUGCCACGAAAGCUACCUCAACCUGCCCAACGUCAAGCGUCUGUCUUACCUGCAGUAUCUCGAGGCAUUCGACAACUUUGCGCCUGGCGCCAGUGGCCUCAAGAGGGGCGACAAGCUGACAGACCAGUACUUCAAGUACGUGGGCGAGCUGGCGAGCUACCUCGAGUCAUUUAUGCGGCGGACAAGGCCCCUGGAGAAUGUGGACAAGAUGUUGGAGACCUUCGACGACGAGUUUGAUGUCGUGUGGAACAAGGACGAGGUGGAAGGGUGGCAGCAGGAGAAGCUGGCCGACGAGUCCUCGGCCGCCGCCAAGGAUACCAGCUCCGCCGAGGCCGUGUGGUGCGCUGAUUGCGAGAGGGAGUUUAAGAAUGAAAAUGUCUACAAGAACCAUCUCACCGGACGAAAACACAUCAAGGCCGCAGAGCAGCGCAAGUCCCGACUGAACGAGGGAUCAACUGACGACAAAACGACGGCCAACGGCACAUCAGCAAGGGGACCGUCCGCAACAAGGCUCAAGGAGAAGGCGGUGGCGGAGCGCGAGAACCGCGUCAAGCGCCUGGCGGCAGCCAUGAGCACGGAGCGCAGCGACACCCGCGUCAACGUCGAGCGGAAGCAGGGCAUGACGGAGCGCGAGCGCCAGCAAGAGCUCGAGAACUUCCUCAACUCGUCAUCCGAGGGUGCUCUGGCCCGCGGGUAUGUCAACGGAGGCGGCGAAGGUGACGAGGACGACGAGGAUGGCGAGGAAAAGAUCUACAACCCCCUCAAGCUCCCACUCGCGUGGGAUGGCAAGCCCAUCCCCUUUUGGCUGUACCGCCUGCACGGUCUGGGCGUCGAGUUCCCCUGCGAGAUCUGCGGAAACUUUGUGUACAUGGGUCGCCGUGCCUUUGACAAGCACUUCAACGAGGCCCGUCACAUCUACGGCCUCAAGUGCCUGGGCAUCAGCAGUGCGCACCUGUUCCGCGACAUUACAAAGAUUGACGAGGCCAUGAGGCUGUGGGAGAAGAUCCAGCGCGAGAGGAGGAGAGUGAAUGUUGACGACGGGAGCGUUGUGCAGAUGGAGGACGCGGACGGUAACGUCAUGCCUGAAAAGGUCUAUUACGAUCUCCAGAAGCAGGGUCUCCUGUAG